AUGUACAGCACGCCACGACCACCUCCGGAUGCUACGAGACGACGCAGUCCCUUGGGCUUCGGACAGAGAGGCGACCUCAACGACUCGUUGAUCGACCUCGACGACAACAUCGAGUGCGUCAAUCAACCUGAUUCUUCGACACACGUGGCCAACGUUGAAGCACCACGCGGGUACCGCUUCAAAUUGCCAGUGUUCAGUAAGAGUCAGCCACAACUUUGGUUCUAUCAGGCCGACUCCGUCUUCGAGGCCUACCGUGUUACGGGUGACGUCGACAAAUUCCACCUCGUGGUAAGCCACCUCAGCCCAGACGUCCUGCAGGAGAUUCCUGACAUCCUGGAAAAUCCCCCAGCAACAGAUAAGUACAAAUACCUCAAACAAGAGCUUCUGAAACGGAUCACCGACUCUCCCGACCGACAGCUAGAAAAGGCCCUGUCAGAGGUACAGCUGGGGAGUCAGAAGCCUUCACAGUUACUCCGUCAGCUACAAUUGCUGGCUGGCAACAGAGCCACAGAGGACACUCUACGGGUCAAAUGGCUGUCACUGUUGCCUGCUGACGUGAGGAGGAUCCUCAAGAUCACCAAGACGUUGCCAUUGAAGGACCUGGCCGUCGCCGCUGACGAUCUGCUGGAGGAGUCCUCGAGAACAACCGUCAUGGCUGUUUCCAGCCAUGCGAGGCCACCCGUCCAGCAACACACGAGCUCAGUGGCCUCAGAACUUACUGAGCUGCGACUAGCGAUGACCCAGCUGAUCACCCUGAACCAGAGCAUGGCCAAGUCCAUCGAGAGGCUAGGUCAUGCCGUCAACAGAGGCAGGUCCAGGUCACGUCACCCCUCUACUUCGCGACCAAACUCGCCAGCUCCAGGAGGUAUGUGCAUGUACCACGCAAGGUUUGGAGAUGAGGCACGUAAGUGUCACAAACCUUGUAACUUCGUUUCCUCCACCUAUGGUCAACUAUCGAGCCGGGGAAACUAA